GUGAUUUGGAUUAAGUCGUUACGUAAGUCGCACAUGUUUCUAGUUUGCUAGUUGUCUUUAUGUUUAUGUGUUAAAAAAGUGUUAUGCACUCGUUAUUAAACAGGCGCAUCAAGAUAUUCCUCAAUUGACCGAUCUACCUGCUCACAACUGAGAUUACCAAGAAGAAAAUCACUACUUUCAGAGUCGGUUUUAACUUUGUAUGAUGCAGGAAGCUGAAUUGUCUUUUAUACCAUAUAACACCUCACACGUAUGGAAGCCACCGAUCAAACUGUCAGACUGCUCAUCCGAAUUUCUCCAGUCGUCUUCUGUAGACUAUAGCAUCUUAGAAAAUCCAUUUUCUUCUAAAUCAGAACCUUAUGAUCCCAAGCUAGAAGCAAAAUUAUGGCAAGGAUUGGGUAUACUCAAGACUGAUACUGUUGAAAAUGAAAAUGAAAAACCUGCUAGUGAGAAUCCCUACUAUCUGACGUCGAUACCUGGUCUUCACAGUAAACGAGAAGUAAAAAGAAUACGUCGGGCCGAACGUAAAAGUAAACUGUCAAAUUGGUUUGACUUGCCAAAACCUGACGUUACUGAAGAAGAUCGUGAAGAUUUAGAACUAAUUAGACUACGUCGAGCUAUUUCUUCGGAUACACAUGUCAGAAAGGCAGACGGCAAAGCUACUUACUUCCAGAGAGGUGUAGUUGUAGACGAUCCAGGCAGUUUCUAUGAUAGACUACCACGUAAACAAAGAGGAAAAACUCUUGUUGAUGAACUUUUAGCUAAUGCUGAAAUAAUGAAAGUUCACAGGAAACGGUACGCUAAGAUUGCACGCUCUAUGGCUGAAAAGCGUGCCGCUAUUAGGAGGAGAGAGCAACAAAGAAUGAAGCGCAUGAAAGUUAAGGGUAAGAAGCCACAAGCCACUGUCGUUGUUCCCGAGUAACUUUUUUUAAACAGGAUUUCCUAUUUGUACAUAUAUCACAAAAUAAGAUUGUUUCUUUGAAA